AUGGAUACUGGAACGAUAGUUGUUAUUGCAUGCAAAUUCGAUGAAAGGUUGUCAAUAGGUACCCUAUCGCAUGUGGAUAAGGAUUGGCGGGAAUUAGUGAAAGAUAUUCACCAUUUGUCUAACCUUGGAGUUUGUUUCUUGGACUCUGAAUAUAAAGGUGUAUUUGUGCAACAUGUGGAGCGAUCAUCUCUUGGUUCAGAAAUAAAGGAAAAGUAUGUAUCGGGUUCUCUUUUAAUGAAUAUUAAGGAUGAUGUAGGUAUGAAAAAGUUGACAUCCUUUGAGAUCAGUGGUGAUGGUAUCUUUAGGUACCAAUGGAGGUUGGGUGUUCUGAAUGUGGAUGGAUUGCAAGGCAAGAUAUUGACUGAGGCCCAUGAGCAACAAAAUCAGUGUGAUUCCAUUUGGUUCAUUGUGGAUAGGAUGACUAAAUCUGCUCACUUCUUGCCAUUAAGGACUACUUAUUUUGCCGAGGAUUAUGACAAGUUGUUCCUACAGGAAGUUUUGAAGUUGCAUGGUGUAACUUUUCUAAUUAUUUCGGAUCAUGGAACUCAGCUCUCCAUGCCUUUCUGGCGCUUUUUUCAGCGUGGUCUAGGGACUAAAAUGAGUCUUAGUAUGGAUUUUCACCCACAGUCGGAUGGGCAAGUCGAAAGGACUAUUCAAAAUUUGGAAGAUUGA